GCGACUUUCCGUGUGUAAUAUUAUAUUCCUUGUCGCUUUAAACUUCUGGAGCUCUCUGCUUUCCUAUUCGUCUUCCUCACGAAAUCCCUCUUUGAUUUGGACCUGGAAUCCUUAUACUGAUUUCGGCAAUCAUCGAUUAGAAUCUGUUAUCUUAUUCUGCGACUGCAAAAGACGAACAGAGACAAAGAGAAAGAGAGGUAGGGAGAAGAGGGAGCUUUCAAUUUGGUGUUUAAUUAAUGGUGGAUGGAUUGGGUUUUUCAUCGGGAAGAAUGGGGAAACUGUACGUAAGCGCAGUGCCUCCUCCGGAUCUGAACAAGAACACGGAGUGGUUCAUGUAUCCAGGUGUGUGGACAACAUAUAUCUUGAUCCUCUUUUUCUCCUGGCUUAUGGUGCUUUCUGUUUUUGGAUGUACCCCUGGCAUGGCUUGGACCGUUGUCAAUCUCUGCCAUUUUGUCGUUACUUAUCACUUUUUUCACUGGAAGAAGGGAACUCCAUUCGCUGAAGAUCAGGGUAUCUAUAAUAGAUUGACCUGGUGGGAGCAAGUAGACAACGGCAAGCAGCUAACUCGUAAUAGGAAAUUUUUGACUGUUGUACCUCUGGUGCUGUUCUUGAUUGCCUCACACACAACCGACUACCAACACCCGAUGCUCUUCCUCAACACUCUUGCAGUAUUUAUACUGGUGGUUGCCAAAUUUCCGAACAUGCACAAGGUCCGUAUCUUUGGAAUCAAUGCAGACCAGUGAGUUGGGCCAUACAUGAAUAGGCACUGUGUUUUACUUCUGUAAAAGCAAUCCCUGUACAGGAGUAUGAACUAGAAAGGGUACUUUACUGUUCUUUUUACCUUUUUUUUUUUGACAAGUUAACGUUUUGUUUGGAAUGGACUGCUUCUACGAAGCUAUCUUUGUCUGUUAGAUAUAAGAAUUUUUACUAAGUUUAUUUCAUUUCCACUGUAUAGCUAAAAAACAGGUGAAUUUAAUCCAAACUUCAAAUUCAAAAAGGCUUUGCUUGAGGUGUA